CCCGCGCGCUCCUCAAAAAUUUCCCCAACCACCAUCAUCAACCCUCAUUUUAAUCUUCGAUCUCCACGUACACAAACCCUUCUCUUUCACAAACGCACUCUCACCAGUCACCCCCAACAAUGGCAGAUCAACAAUCCUCAAUCGACCCCUACAAGUUCCUCAAAAUCGUUCCCAACCCAGAUGGCUCACUCACCCGCCACGCCCCACUCCCAUUCGCACCCACAACCGAGUCAAUCCCCGCCGAUUCUCACCCCAACUCACCCCAACUCGUCCUCUCUAAGGACAUCCCUCUCGACCCAAAAUCCCAAACCUUCCUCCGCCUCUUCAAACCCCACAAUCUCCCCCCAAACCCAAACCCUAACCUCCCUCUCCUCAUCUACUUCCACGGCGGCGGCUUCGUUCUCUUCAGCGCCGCCUCUCAGCCUUUCCACAACUCCUGCUCUCGCCUCGCCCUCUCUAUCCCAGCCCUAGUCCUCUCCGUCGAGUACCGUCUCACCCCCGAGCACCGCCUCCCCGCCGCCUACGACGACGCCGUUUCGGCCAUCACCUGGCUCAAAAACCAGGCCUCCUCUAUCGACGGAGAUUCGUGGCUGAAAAACUCCGUAGAUUUCUCCAAGUGUAUCCUGAUGGGAGGUAGCGCCGGGGCUAAUAUCGCCUACCACGCGGCUCUACGCGCUUCCGAUGUGGACCUCUCCCCGAUCAAGAUCCGAGGGCUGAUAUUGCACCAAGCGUAUUUCGGUGGGGUCAACAGGACCGAAUCCGAGAUCAGGUUCAUCAACGACCGGGUGCUGCCGUUAGUCGCUAACGACUUGAUGUGGGCCCUGAGUCUGCCGGAGGGGGUUGAUCGUGACCACGAGUAUUGUAAUCCGUUUAUGAACGGGGGUGAUGGAAGGAUCGGACGGUUGCCGUGGUGUUUGGUGAGCGGGAAUGGCGGGGACCCACUGGUGGAUAGGCAGAAGGAGAUGGCGGCAUUGUUGGAGUCACGCGGGGUGCACGUGAUGGCCCGGUUUAAUGAGGGUGGUUUUCAUGCUGUGGAGCUAUUUGACCCGAGUGAGGCCGAGGCUUUGUAUAAGAUUGUUAAGGAAUUUAUCGGCUCUUGUUGCGCUCACGGUAGCGAUGAUGUUGCCGUGGCAAAAUCAGCCAUGUGACUCAUGUGACAAAUAUAUCUGAGAGGGGUGGAAUCGGGUCGGUCCAUUCGGUUUUUAAAAUCUUUCGUAAAAUUGAAUAUUUAUUAUGUCUUUUUUUUUUCAAUAAAAAAUAAUAAUUAUCAUGUAACAUUUUCGAUCA